AUGGAUUUGGAUGAAUACUUUACCGGCCCGAUAGAUCCAAUGCGGCAUUCGAAAUACCCGCGUUUCAUGAGGAUGCACGGCUCUAUCAUGCCAAUGAUGAUUCUACCGAUGACUUUUGUCUUUAUUUGGUCUACUGUGGUGACAGUAAUUAGUCAAAGGGUAUAUUCGCUUCAGGUCGACUCUGUGCUUCUUACAGUGUUGGGUUUUGUCGUUGGUUUGUCCCUGUCAUUCAGGUCGUCGACAGCAUAUGAGCGCUAUAUAGAAGGAAGAAAGUUCUGGCAGCAACUUAUCCUCCAUUCUCGCAACAUGGCCCGUGUAAUUUGGGUUCAUGGUAAGGAGCGCCCGGGCGAGGAAGGCAAGGAAGACCUUCUCGCAAAAUUGACUGCAAUCAAUCUUAUCCUCGCCUUUGCCCAAGCAGUAAAGCACAAGCUCCGUUACGAGGUCGAAUACGAUUACGAGGAUUUAAAGCCCUUAAUCGAUAACAUUUCCACAUACGCUAAAGCGGCAAAUUCCACUGACACAUGCCCAACAAAGCAUAAUAAAGUUUUCCGAAAGAUCAAAACAUGGGGUGCCUCUCUCGGUAUCACCUUUCUCAUAAGCAACCCACGGAAAGCGGUGAAGAAAGCGGCAAGCGCAGGAAAACACCAUGGGAAUCUUCCUUUUGAGAUCAUGACACAUAUUGGGUCUUACCUCGACCACAUCAUCGGCAAUACAUUGCUUGUGAGUUCCUGUUGGCAUUCGCAAGUAAGCGGAAGCCAAUUGAGUAUGCUGGAUGCAUAUGGAGGUUGCGAGAGGGUCCUUCAGACACCUUUGCCGCUUGCGUAUUCAAUCGCCAUCUCACAGAUCACGUGGCUGUAUGUCUUGAUGUUGCCGUUCCAGCUGUUCCCAAAACUUGGAUGGGUUGCUAUUCCAGGGACCCUUGUAGCUGCGUAUAUCAUCCUUGGUAUUGCGGCUAUUGGCCUAGAGGUUGAGAAUCCGUUUGGUACAGAUGUGAAUGAUCUUGAUCUUGACCGAUACUGUGAUGGACUCAGGAUGGACUUGAAUAUACUCACUUCCAUGCCUUCACCAAAUUGCGAUAGUUGGAUUAAGAGUGAAAAUAACAAGCCACUGUCACCGUACUCAGUCGGAGGAUACGACAGUUGGAAGAACAGGAGCAUGAAAGAUAUCAGAAACGCUCUUGCACAUAAGGUGAAUCAUCAGUCCGUACUGUUGAUGAACAAAGCGAUGGAAAGGAAUAGUUCACAAAGAGUGGAAACAGAGUUAAAGACGGGAGUUUAG